AUGGUUACUUGUACCAAACGCCCAUGGGGCCCAUGGGCUUUUGAUCCCAGACGUAACACAUCUUCGUGCCGGGCUUAUGAUCCCAGACGUAACACAGCUUCGUGCCAGGCUUAUGAUCCCAGACGUGACAUAGCUCCGCACCGGACUAGUCCCAGACUUGCAGCUGCACAGAGGCCCCAAAACUUCUACAACGAGACCAGGCUAUCUCGAGAGUCCGCCAGACCCGUCAUCGUCCCAGCCGGCACGCUCCACCCACGGCGUCGCAAGAAGAAACCAACCGCCGUCAAAAAUGGAGGAGUAAAGAAAGCAAAUGGACGCAAGAACGGACGCAAGAACGGACGCAAGAACGGGCGCAAGAACGGAGUCAAGAAGAACGGAGUCAAGAAGAACGGAGUCAAGAAGAACGGAGUCAAGAACGGAGUCAAGAAUGGCGGCAAAAGCAUCAGGCACCCUACCCCAUUCCCAUCUCCUCAUCCAUCUCCUCCUCCAUUUCCCCCUCCAUCUCCUCCUACAUCUCCUCCUCAACUUCAAUUUUCAACUUGGUAUUCAUCUCCCUCCCCUUCUUUGCCCGAGCCCGCCACCGCUGUCGCAGUUGGACAACCUUCCUCGUCGGACCACGUCGCCCCAUCGCCUCCGAACGACCCCGCCACUUCUAUCAUCAUGAAACAAUCGUGCUCGGACCACAACAUUCCUCCCACGCCCGCGAACGUGCCUGCCGCCCCUCCUACCGUGCUUAAAUCCUCUCCAUCCUCGCCUACCUCUGUCUAUAUUAAGGCGUGUUCCUCACCGACGCCUCUCGGUAUCAUUGGCACGGCGGGUGGCUUUGCCAUGUCGCCGUCAUCCUCGCCGUCGUCGGGUGAGAGUUCUCCUUCUUCCCCUCCUGCACAUGCGGUGAGGACUGGUGGCGGUGUCACCUGUGAUAGUGACAGUGACUCCGACCCGGAUCUUUGAAUAACGAGGUAAAGGACUGGUUAGUUUGUUGCGGCAUGGAGAGUUAGAUAGUAGGAGUGGAGGAUAGUUAGAAUUGAUUAAGCUGUAUUUGAAAGGUGAAUCUGGGUUGUUUAUCACUAAUUAGUGUUUCAUUUCGUCUAUUGGUAUGCUGUGCUGGAUCACUGUUUCCAUGGGAGCGAAAAUUGGUUGAGGGUUUGCAUGACCCAACAGGCAUGUACACACAUCCGUCCAUUUAGUAAUCGAAAAUCGACAUUGAAAGUGAUCUGGUUAAGUAUCUGCUAUACGCUCU